AUGGCGCCGGCGCGUCUGGGUCUCAUGUACGUCCCCGUAUGCCUCAUCGACGUGCUCCUCCUUUCCUCUCCCCUCUUGUCUAUCCUAUCUACUCUCGUUGUUUCGUCAUCGGCAGACAGCCUAUCAAUCUACUCUUCCACUACCUUCUGGAAGUUAUUCCUGGAACGGUCGUCCACGCUCCUAGCUCUUCGUAUGAGUAUCCCCCUCCUCCUCCAUGUUAUCGACACCCACCCUCCCAUCUUUCACUGGCCACCCAUCAAUCUACUCGAGGAACCAUUCGUGUCGUCGUUAGUCCCUCCCGACACCGUCGUCCACGCGGAGCGGUCUUCCGUUCCUUUCUGUUGGAAUCGAGCGCAUAUAUUCUCUCAUAUCUCGUCACUUCCUCUUGUCCGCGUAUAUGCUCUCCUCGUCCACAUGCCGCUCGAACUCGAAUAUUGGACUACUCGAACGUGUACACGGCAGACGAGGCGUCUAUCCGAAGAGCAGUCGGCAUGCUCUGACGAGACUGCCAACUCUCUCCCCGCCGACCAUACUUCAUUCUUCUAUCCACCCACCGGCCUCCCCAACCACAUCCAUCCUCACAGGACCCGCCGUCGGCCGUCACCUUCGUAUCUCGAGUUCGACAUCUGCACCCCACCACAGCCUUCUCCGAGCCACCCCAGUCCUCUCCGGGUCACCCCAGUCCUCUCCUAG